AUGAAUUCAUAAUUUUCUCAAUAACCAAAAUUAGAAUAGGAUCCUUAGCAAAUACCAUAUUCUGUACCUCCUCUUACAAACCAAGAUAGAAUCUAAUAUUACCCUAUUUUCUAUAUAAAACAGAAUAAGUAUUAAUUUCUCCUUUAUCAUUUUUAGUUAGUCAAUUCAUACUAAUAUAUAAUAACUUCCAAAUGAUCAAUUAAAUGGUUGGUUUGUCUGUCAUCCUGUAAUGCAAAACGAUCCUUUCUUUCCACAAAUAUCUAACUUUUCUCAAUUUAUUCAUAAACCCCCAUCCUUCAACCCAGAUAUACCUAUUAAAAUAGAAGAUGAUGAAGAAAUUCCAUAACCUUAGCAAUCAUAAUAAUUCUAGGAGGCUAAUUCAAAUAAGAAUAAUGAAAAAUCAAGGAGUAAAAAGCAAAAAGAUCAAAAUAAAUUUAAAAGAAAUGUAGACAAUAUCAAAGACUUAGAAGUCUAACCAUGUAAUUGUUCAUAGAGUAAUUGUCUUAAGAGAUAUUGUGCUUGUUUUCAUAGUGGAAGAAUGUGUUUAGAUGAAUGUUAAUGUAAAGAUUGUAAAAAUUGUACUGAAUUUGCUGAGGAAAGAGAUGAAGCUAUAAAUCAUGUUUAUAAAAAAUGUCAUCGUGAUAAAAAGGUACCAGUAAAUGAAUUACUAUCUUUAUAAUUGAGUUAUGGAUGUAAAUGUAAAUCUACUGGAUGUUAAAAAAAGUAUUGUGAAUGCUUUAAGAGAGGAUAAAUAUGUGGAGAUUAAUGUUCUUGUGAAGAUUGCCUCAAUAUUCCAUUAAGCUUAAGCUAAAAGGAUCUUAAGAGAAAGAAAACAGUGGUAAAAUGA